AACUCCCUAGGACAGCCGUGCCCCUCCUUUGCAAGGAAGGAUGCUUCAGUUCAAUCCCAUAUCCUCGGCGACCCAUGGUCUUUCUCGGCUUCCUCGCAGUGGAAGAAGCACCUCACCGUCACCAGUCAUGGCGUCUUCUCUCUCGCUACGUCCUCUCAGAUACGCUGUUCUUGGUGCUGGUUUUGCUGGUCUGUCUGUUACUUGGCAUUUGCUGAGGAACAGUCCGAGGGAAACGCAACUUAACAUUGACAUUUAUGAUGAAGUUGGCAUUGGAGGAGGUGCAUCAGGAGUGUCUGGAGGACUCCUUCACCCUUAUUCCCCUAAAGUCAAGCCUCUAUGGAAGGGUGCUGAGUGUUGGAAGGAAUGUUUGGAGCUUUUGAGCAUUGCUGAAGCAGCGGUUGGUUCUAAUAAAUCUGAUUCAGAAACUGGGGAAUUUGGUCAAAAUUUCAAUGGGUUUAUGGUUCGGAGAAGGGGCAUCUUGAGACCAGCAACAAACAUGAAGACUUUGGAUGUAUUGAAUGAUAAUGCACGGAACUGCCUAGCCAGUUGCAGGGUAGAGGCCCUUGAUAAGGAUGCUGCCCAAAAGCUUGUCCCAAAGCUUCAGGUGCCUUUUGACUUGGCUUUUUAUAUGCCUGAAGCUGUAAAUGUCCAUCCUCUGCAUUACCUCCAGGGACUCUUCUUAGCAUGUCAAAAUUUACUGGAACAAUUGUCUACUUCUGGUUUUGGGAAGAGAAAACUGUGUUUGCACAAGAAAUCUGUCCAUGAACUCCGUGAAUUAGAAGGGGAAUAUGAUGCUGUGAUAAUAUGCCUAGGUGCCAAAACAAACAUGCUUCCUGAGUUUACAGGGAGGCUUCCUUUAAGGACAUGCAGAGGUGUUAUUGCACACAUGCAACUGCCAGAUGAUAUAGGGUAAAUGUUCUAUUGUGGUUAUCAUAAUAAUAAUGUGCUCUAUUGUGCUUGCAUUUCUAGGGAUUUUCAUUUUCAUAUGAGGUUACUCUUAGAUUAAGAGCAUUGAGUUGAGAUUUGGAAAAAUGCCUUUUUUUGCUGUUCAUUUGAUUUCUGAU